AGGGGGAGGAGAGGAGAGCUGUGGGUCUUGUGUUUGGAGGAGGGACUCCAUCAUUUAAAGAAGUAACUAGUUCCUGGUUUGCCAGUGAAGAAGGAAGAGAGGCAGCGGUAAACCAUCUUCGUCUCAACAUGAACGUCCGUCCCACUUUGAUCUGCUUCUUCUUCCUCUCUCUGCAGGAUGGAAACUCUGGGCUCGCCAAAGCCCAAAUCUCUGUCUAUAGAAGAACUGAAGGAGAAGAUAUCAGAGUUACAUACUCUUUUUAUCAGUCUGGAACCACGAAGUUCUUCUGUAAGAAUGAAUGUAAACAAGGAGAUCUUCUCAUUGAAACAACUGAUGUCACAGCUCAGAACGGCAGAUACGGGAUUAAAUAUGAAGAACUUCAAUCAGGAGCAGUUGUUUCCGUCAGCAUCUCCCAGCUGACCAGGUCUGACUCAGGACUCUACAGGUGUGGUCUGGGUAGUCCUUUAUCUGCAGCUUCAUACAGAGACUUUGAAGUAAUUGUUGUAGAUGCACUGCUGGAUGGAGAUCUUUCUGAAGUCAAAACCCUCCAUAAGACAACUGGAGGAGAUGUUGUUGUAGGAUGCUACUUUUCUGUCUUUAGAACCAGGAAGUACUUCUGUAAGGAACAAUGUGAAGACAAAGACAUUCUGGUUGAAACAUCCGAUGUCAGCGCUCAGAGAGACAGAUACAGCAUCAGAUAUGUAUAUGUAAGAGGAUCUCCACCUGGAGGAUUUGUGUAUGUGACCAUCUCCCAGCUGACCAGGUCUGACUCAGGACUCUACAGGUGUGGUCUGGACAGACCUUUGUCUCGGGAUCCUUACCGUGAGUUUAGGAUCGUUGUCACAGAUGGUGAGUUUAAUCUGGAGAAUGAAAAUGAUUAUUUCUGUCUGAAGAAAGAUUCACUUACAGCUGCUACAGUUUUAAAGUGUGAACCCAACAAACCAGCAGUUCAGCAGACACACACAUGAUUAUCACACCUCUGU